AUGACUCUGGACGCCGGGAAUAUGGAUUCUGGACAUCCUGGGGCUGUCGACGAGGGUCGGUCCUCGAACGCUAGUGCGGAAGGUCCUGUUCCCGCCGUGUCCGGUUCGAAUCUUCCGGUGAUGUUGGUUGGUAACUGUGCCAGUGGUAGUUCGAGUGCCAGACAAUCGCCAAAAGUGUGCGUGACACCGGCGUCGGCGUCGGCGUCCCAUGUACUUCUUCAGCGGAAUUCGCUGUCUCCAUCGGUCCCCAGGAAGAUUAUGAGCAAGAAUAACAAUAACACAAUAUUUCCUACGUCCUACCCCACAAACCAAGCCGAGCUGCAGCUAUUCCGAGUAAUGCAAAACGCCUCGCUACUGCUCUACUACGACACACUCCUGGAAAUGGGAGGUGACGAUGUCCAACAGCUCUGCGACGCCGGAGAGGAAGAAUUCCUAGAAAUAAUGUCCUUGGUAGGGAUGGCUUCGAAACCUCUGCACGUCAGAAGGCUGCAGAAAUCCCUACAGGAAUGGGUAACGAACCCCACCAAGUUCAAAAUCCCUUUAGUGCCAGGCGAAGAUUUCGAGCUGGAGCUGUCGAGUCCUAGAGUGACCAGCAACCACGUCUUCUACACAGACAGUGGCGACAACAGCAGGACGAUGUACUCCCCUUCGCCGGGCGACCUUUGUGCCUUACCUCCCGUUUCUAGCCCUGGUUUAUCUCUAAGCAACAAAAGGCCUUAUUCCCCGUUGGACCCAGCUUGUCCCCCAUCUUCUAGUUCAAGUCCUGGGGGUAAUAUGUCCGUACAACUGUCCCCAAGUCUUACAGAUAGUCAGAUAGUCAAGCUAGCAGCAGCCGCCGAAAGGUUAAGCAAGAAGCUCCCACAGUUCGAGCCAAAGCCUCACAACACCAAGAAGAAGGUUUGUAAGGAACUGGAGCUUGUGAUUUCCAUGCCAGAGAACGAUCCACGUCGCAUGGACGAAAUUCGGAGGUACGCAGCCAUAUACGGACGUUUCGACUGCAAAAGAAAGCCAGAGAAGCCGUUGACUUUACACGAAGUAUCCGUGAACGAAGCUGCCGCACAGAUCUGCAGGUUUAUCCCAGCUUUGCUUACAAGACGAGACGAACUGUUCCCCCUGGCAAGGCAAGUUGUCAAGGAUUCGGGAUGUUACUAUUCCAAGACACAGUUGUCGACCGUGUAUAUGAACAAACACAUGCACAUGGGCCACGACAGGGAAGGGGAGAACAAUAUCUCCGCGAGGAGCAGCCCAAGGAUCAUGGUCCCGGAUAACGACGGACCCAUGAUGAAGAGGCCCAAGCUCGAGUCGAACUCGGACGGGGAUGACCUGCAGCAGGAUUACGAUGAUGCAGUCGUUAUGAGAACAUCUUUACAUUCCCUGUUUCAGCAAAACUCAAAAAACCACCACUCGACCGCAAGGGGAAACUUGUCGAGAAGAUCCUCUUUGGGAGUGGAAUUGGAAGAGUCAGAUUCCCAAUUUACAUACAGCAAUUCCAGUAGCCCGCAGAGAAAACUGGAGGAAGGCGACAACGACGAUGAUGCCAGUAAAUAUUCCCCAAAGGUACAAAUCAUAGCGGCCAGCGGAGACAACAUCAUAGCAGUGGCUAACCCGGCGCUGGCAAUGUCACCGGCCAUCUUGCCCCCCCUGAACCCCCUCAUAGAAGCCCGGGAAAACCGCUCCGACAAAGAUUGACCGGCUUGUUUUCUUUACAACAUAUAUUUAUCCUUCUGUAACACACUGUAAUACUGUGAUUUAUAACGUAAUUUAUCCGAAAUUGUUAUAGUUGACUGAUACUUUGUAAGUUAUAUUAAGCAGCAAUUUUACUUGUUUUAAUCGACCCUUUUUUUACUUCAUAAUCAAAAUAUGUUUGUACUUAUCACUUUUUUUUACAUACCUAAGUACUCCGUAGUCCACCUAUUGUCGCAUAAUCGACUCUACUUCUGUUUUUAUGAUGUAACAUAAAUAGGAACUUUGAAAUAUAUUUUCAUAAAUUCGUAAAG